CAGACACCAUGACAGUGAAGCUCGAUAGUCAUUGGCUGUCGCAAAUCGCAGAGACGCAAAUUUUGGAUUUGGUCAAACCUUGCGAUUGGCGUUUGCGACUGCAUUACGAUCGGAAGUAGCGCUGCUUGCGUUCAUGCGAUUGGUUACUUGCGACUAAUGUAGAACGACCUUAACGGGACUCAAAAUGGCGACGGAUGAAUCCGUCGUAAAGCAAGGCCUCGGCUAAAUGAGAUGAGCCGAAUCCCAAGCCAACUAACCUCAUCGGUCCUUCUAGCGCUUGCUCUAUGAAAAAGCAAGCUCGCAGUAUCUCUCAGCGCGUAAUAAAGCACCUCUCGCAGAAAAUCAGGGGAAAAAGGAUUUCACAAUCCUAUGGGCACGUCCUCUCGGUCGAUGAGAUCGGGCCCAAGGAGGAAGUCGACGAACUUUCCAUCAGGCGCCUCGCAGCCUGACUCUCCUCUCACUGCGCAUGAUCGCGACAAGCGCCCAUUUCGUGCAACGAACCGGUCACCCGUAGCGCCCUCAUUCGUGCGUUAGCGGGAUGGCGCGAACGGUGUAAGUUCACGGGAUCGAAAUACAUUAUUCUUUUUUAUACAAUGUUCGAAAAUAAAAGAUUUGUUCCUUCGAAGCUUCGAUCCUUCGAAGAUUCCUUCGUUCCUUCGAAGUCUUUCGAAGCUUCCCGCACAGAACAAAAACCUCCAAUAGAUGUUCAAUAGACGUCCACCAUGGAGAUGCAAAACCUCCAUUAGACGUCCACGUAAAAUCUUACGGAUCUCUAAUAGACAUCCACAGUUCCGCAUUUGCUACUUCCAUUGGACAUCCAUUAGCAUACUCAUAGAUGUCAUAUGGAUGUAAUAAAGAGUAAUUAUAGAUAUUUAAGAAAACUGAUUAAAUAUAUAAUCUAUACUCUUUUAAUCUGUUUGACUGCGCUAUGUUUUAAUAUGUUCUGUCUUUUUAUUUAUUAUAAUCUUACCGGACCGACUGCGUAUAUGUUGUUUUAAAUUUUAAUUUGUAUUCCUAGUUUAAUAAUGUUCUAAAUUGUGUUCUUUUUUAUUAUACUGAAGAUGGUCCAAUAAGAAUGGAUACGUUUAAUCGACCCUUUCUGGCUAUUAUAUAAUAUAUUUAAUAAAAUUACAAGAUGUAAUGUGCGACGUUUCGACCCCCGGUUUCGGGGUCGACCCAUUAUCCCCCAUAUUAGCAGACAUAGUUUUAGACGAUUUAGAGUCCACCUGUCUGAACGCGUUAGAUAUAGAAAUUCCAGUUUUCUACAGAUAUGUGGACGACAUUUUCACUAUUGUGCCAUCUGACAAAAUCAAUACCAUUUUAGAAACCUUUAACAGCUACCACCCUAAACUUAAAUUCACAUACGAAAUAGAAAAAAAUAACACCAUUAGCUUCUUAAACGUCAACAUUAGUAGAUGCAAUAAACAAUUAAUUACGAACUGGUACAGAAAACCUACCUUUUCAGGCCGAUAUUUAAACUACUUCUCCAACCACCCCCGCCAAUAUAAAAUCAACACGAUCACAAGCCUAGUUGACCAAGCUAUUUUAUUAUCCGACAAUAGAUUCCACGACGCACACCUAACAAUAGUUAAGAACAUCUUACUCAACAACUGUUUUCCAAACCAUCUCAUAGACAAACAUAUAAAAAAAAGACUUAAACAAUUACAGCACGACACUAAAGACAAUCCUAGCAAAUUUGACAUAAAAACAUGCAUUACCAUACCGUACAUAGAAGGCACGAGUGAAAAGAUUAGUCAGACACUACGUAAUAUAGGUCUAAAACCAAUACUCACAGUUCCAAAAAAACUGAACACAAUAAUAAAAAGGGGAAAGACCCAUUAUGCAAAUCCAAGAGAACAGGAGUUGUCUACAGAUAGCACUGCAACAACUGCAACGCAUCUUACGUAGGCUAAACAAAAAGACAUCUUGAGACCAGAGUCAAGGAACACUUCAAUAAUAUAAAGAAAGACGAAAACAACCAAUCUGUCAUCAGCAAACAUAGAACAUCGCUCGGACAUGAUUUUAAUUGGUCUUCCUCAGAUAUCCUACACAACGAAAGACAUACGAGAAAACGAGAGAUAGCUGAGAUGUUACACAUUAAAAUGGACCCUAAUACAAUAAAUUUAAAGAAGGACACAGAGAACCUUAACCCGAUAUACGAUUCUAUCAUUUGUUCUUUAACUUGACAUAACUUAUUUAUUUAUUUAUUUAUCUCCCGUUUGCUCGUUGUCCGACCUAGACAUUUUUAACUCCAGUGACAGUCACUCACCGACCAUGAUAGAUAUUGGACAUAGUUUCUAACACCGUUUUAUAACCAUGACAUGACACAAUUAAUAGUUAAUCUUACAAUCAAAAGUGAACCGUUUUUUAAAACUUGACUGUCCAAUGACAUAGGAAUUUUAAGAAUUGUGCUUGAGAAGGACCCAAAACCGGGGGUCGAAACGU